UCGCCCAGCGGCCGCGCUAUAAAGGGGUUCCCGAUCAAUCAGAUCCGAUCGGUCCCCGCCCCGCGCCACGACCCACAGCUGCAGACCUGCUCGGCAGCUCCUGGUCCUUGACUGGCUCUCUCACCCUCCUGCUCCCCCGCACCGCACACCCGAACCCCUGAUCCGCCGGUACGCCCACAGCCCUGCAUCCUCUACAUCUCCCUCACUCCCUGGACCCGACCCACUGUGCACCGACCCACCCGCGCACCCCGCAGGCGGGUGCCCAGAGCCCGCGGGCCCCUCGCAGUCUGGGUUUCUCUAGAUUAUUGAAGAGGGUUAAACCCACUCUGCAGCUGGGCAGCUGCUGCGAUCCUUUACUCUCUGUCCGGGAUCUGCAUGAAGUAGUCUGCUGGAGUCCUCAGGCUUGGGCCACAAUGGCUUUCCACGUGGAAGGGCUGGUCGCCAUUGUGGUGUUCUACCUGCUCAUCCUGCUGGUGGGCAUCUGGGCUGCGUGGAGAACCAAGAACAGCGGCAGCGCCGAGGAGCGCAGCGAGGCCAUCAUUGUGGGAGGUCGAGACAUCGGGCUGCUGGUAGGGGGCUUCACCAUGACAGCCACCUGGGUCGGAGGAGGGUACAUCAAUGGCACAGCUGAAGCAGUGUAUGUGCCAGGCCACGGCCUCGCGUGGGCUCAGGCACCCAUCGGAUAUUCUCUUAGUCUGAUUGUAGGUGGUCUGUUCUUUGCCAAACCUAUGCGCUCCAAGGGCUACGUAACCAUGUUAGACCCGUUCCAGCAGAUCUAUGGGAAGCGCAUGGGCGGGCUGCUGUUCAUCCCCGCGCUCAUGGGAGAAAUGUUCUGGGCAGCUGCGAUUUUCUCUGCCUUAGGGGCCACCAUCAGUGUCAUCAUCGACGUGAACAUGCACGUGUCCGUCAUCGUGUCCGCGCUCAUCGCCAUCCUGUACACACUGGUGGGCGGCCUCUACUCUGUGGCCUACACGGAUGUCGUUCAGCUCUUUUGCAUUUUCCUAGGACUGUGGAUCAGCGUCCCCUUUGCCCUGUCUCAUCCUGCGGUGGCCGACAUCGGGUUCACAGCAGUGCACACCAAGUUCCAGGAUCCCUGGCUGGGAACCAUUGAAUCCUUCGAGGUCUACACCUGGUUGGACAACUUUCUGUUGCUGAUGCUGGGUGGAAUCCCGUGGCAGGCCUACUUCCAGAGGGUGCUGUCCUCAUCCUCAGCCACCUAUGCACAAGUGCUGUCCUUCCUGGCAGCCUUUGGGUGCCUGGUGAUGGCUCUCCCGGCUGUGCUCAUCGGGGCCAUUGGAGCCUCCACAAACUGGAACCAGACCUCUUUUGGGCCUCUGGAUCCCAAGGACAAGGGCGAGGCAGACAUGAUCCUCCCGAUUGUGCUGCAGUACCUCUGCCCUGUGUACAUCUCCUUCUUCGGCCUGGGUGCAGUGUCUGCUGCCGUCAUGUCCUCAGCCGACUCAUCCAUCCUGUCAGCAAGUUCGAUGUUUGCGCGGAACAUCUACCAGCUCUCCUUCAGACAAAAUGCAUCAGACAAAGAAAUUGUCUGGGUCAUGCGAAUCACAGUGUUUGUGUUUGGAGCAUCUGCCACAGCCAUGGCCUUGCUGACAAAGACUGUGUAUGGGCUCUGGUACCUCAGUUCUGACCUGGUCUACAUCAUCAUCUUCCCACAGCUCCUGUGUGUGCUUUUCAUCAAGGGGACCAACACAUAUGGGGCAGUGGCAGGGUAUGUGGCUGGGCUCUUCCUAAGAAUAACAGGAGGGGAGCCCUAUCUGUACCUGCAACCUCUGAUCUACUACCCUGGGUACUACAUGGACAAUGGUAUCUACAAUCAGAGGUUCCCAUUUAAGACUCUUUCCAUGGUGACCUCAUUCCUAGUCAACACCUGUGUCUCCUAUCUAGCCAAGUACCUAUUUGAAAGUGGAACCUUGCCACCAAAAUUGGAUGUGUUUGAUGCUGUUGUCGCAAGGCACAGUGAAGAAAAUAUGGAUAAGACAAUUCUGGUCAGAAAUGAAAAUAUUAAAUUAGAUGAACUAGCACCUGUGAAACCUCGACAGAGCCUAACUCUGAGCUCAACAUUCACCAAUAAAGAGGCACUCCUUGACAUUGAUUCCAGCCCAGAAGGAUCAGGAACUGAGGACAACUUAUAAAAACCCCACCUACUGCUGCUUUCCCAAACAGAGUGCUGUAGGAGGGCAGUCCUGGAAUGAUGGUUUGCAACAUAUAAAACAUAUAUUAAAGUAUAAAUAAAGUUCAAGAGGGCAAAAAUCCUGCAGAAAGUAAAAAGUCCCAAAGGAAGAGUUUAGGAGAAAUAGUGUGCAGUCCCACAAAUACAUGCCAAGCUAGGAGCAACAGCUGUGAAAUAACUUCAUUUCUCAUCUGCAAUAGCUUCAAUUUUGAUGCUAGUUUUGUUAGGAAUAAAAGUGAAUAAAUUCCCAAGCAAAGAACACAUGACCAAACAGAAAAUUCAUCUUUAUUGUAAAAAAAGGAAGUGCACAAGAAAGAGGCUAAGAGAGAAAACUUUGCCAGGCUUUAUGCAUAUUGUUGGCUACAUUGCUGGCAAGUCAGUUUGACUGCUUACAUAAAGACUAUGACACUCCAUAAAUAAUGUGGUGAAUGAGCCACUGAUUUUUUUCUUCUGGAGAUGCCUGACCCCUUCUAUCACAAUCUGAGCUAUAACAUUUGCUGAAUAUGCAAUCUGCUUUUUUGUUUUGUUUGUUUUGUUUUGGACAUGGAAUCAAACCCAAGCACUCUACCAUUGUGCUACCUCCCAGCCUUGUAAUCUGUUACUCUACGAGUAACAGCAUAAAUUAUUCUCAGAACAGGUAAAUCAAACACAUAAAAAUUAAGGAAGACUGGCAUUAUUUAUGUACCAAGGGUUAGGAAAAUAGAAGUCCAUUUUUUGCUUUAAGGGAACACCAAGCUCCUUUGGAUAUGUCCCUAACGCAUAGAUAAAGGUACCUGGAGCUCCAGAAUAUGAUUAGAUGACUUGAGAACAAUAAAUCAAGAAGGACAUCAAACAAAAAAUGAUAGGAAGAAUAGACUUUUAUCUUUAGUUGAAGGAUGUAAAGUUUUGCUACAUGCUACAAAAAGUAGUGUCUUGGCAUACUAUCUAAAUCAGUAUUGGAAGUAAAAAUGAGCCAUAUGUAAAAAGAACUAGCUACAUGCACCAGUUAUGCUUGAUGAAAGAAAAACUGAUAAAUUAACAUGAAUUUUAUUAAAGAUUUAUUAUCAGCAUUUCCUAAAGCACCUCCUCAUAGUGAACUCAGAGUCACAAAUCCCAUUCAUGUUUUAAUAUUCAUUGAUGAGAUGAUUUAGUGUUCAAGGGUCCACUUUGUGACAUUUUUUCAUAUAAGCCAGUUUUAGAGACUGGAAAAAUCACUCCCACAAAAAAAGCAUGCAAUGAAUUUCAAAAUAUGGCAGAAAACAGACAGCAAAAAUAAGUCUUAAAGGGAAGAAGCCAUCAAUUUUAACAUAUAGUAUGUACAUAUUUUUCAUGAAGUCAUUAAGCAUUAUUUUGCUCCUCUUUUGGAAUUAAAAUACACACACACACACACAUACGUAUAUAUGCAAUAUACAUAGGCAACAGUUUGUAUCAUACAGAAUGUUCAGUGCUUCCCACCAGACACUCACUAUUAGAAAGAACAACCUCAAACCAGGUUGAAAGCACUGGAGUAAACUGAUGAGCUCAGAAGCCAUCCAGGGCUGGGCUCCCAGUGAAGAGCCAUUCUGCACUGCAGAAACUAGAGCACUUUUUCUAAAAAUGUUUCUCUUUUGCAAUUUACAAACAAAAUGAUGUUAACUCAGCAAUAAGUAUAAAAGAUGUGUUCUUGACCCUUAGAAUUUCAUUUUAUAGAUUUUAACUGGAAGUAUCUCAAUUCACUAAAUAAUAUAUCUCCUUUUUCCACAAAAUAGGAAUUAAACUCCCAGGGUAGUUUUUUAAAUGUGAAAUUAAAAAAUUUAGAUGUCAUAAUAUUUUAAGUACUUUAUCAACACCUCAUAGUGAAUGUGGCACUGCACUCAAAAUCUUUACUGAAAUCUUAUUUACCUAAAUGAAAAGAGAAUUCCUUUAUUCAGCAAGUUUACUCAGAAUCAACUCAGUACUGUGGAGUACUUGCCAAGGUGCGUUUUGGGGACCUGUGAGUAGGGAGGUCCAAUAUUUUCACACAGACUCUGAGAAACAACCCAGUGCUGUCCAGCAUGCUAAGACUGGAGAAAUAAUUUAAACAAAUAAACAAAGUAAGCCCAUUAUUUUCCACCUAUUCUCAAACUAGAUGUAUUAAAAUAUAAGCAAGGUUAUAUUUCAAGUCUAAAAAUGGAAAGAAUGAGACAACUGCCUCAAGAUCUUCAUUUACUUAUGCCCAUUCCUGCAGAAAUUCCCCUCCAAUUCCCAGGGAAGGAGUAAAGUUGUGGAGUGUAGACCAGCUCAGUUUGACCUCAUGGGUGAAUGGACAGCACCGAAUUCAUCCAGCUUCACACAGUGGACUUGAUUUUCAUAAUUCAUCCUCAAUGAAAAUAAAAUGACCAACAUGUUUUAGACACUGGUAAUUUUAACCUUUGGAGGUGAAACCUGUGGCUAAAACAUAAUAAAACAGUUAUUGUAUUUUCAUACUUUUACAGUGAUUGUAACAUGUUUCUUGGGUAAUUUUAUUUUUUUCCCUACACAUUUAGAACAUCAAGCUUGUAGCUAGACUGAGAAGCCAAAAACAAGCCAUCAACUAGUGUCAAAACCCCACUUCAUUGCUACACUUAAAUAAGUAGUAAAUUUUAUGUGAAUAUCAAAUGAAUGUAAGCCUGAAAUAAGUGAAUUUAAUAUAAUGGCUAUUCAUUUUUUUAUUUGAAACAGUGAAUUAGUGUUAUAUUUUAAACAUAAUGAAUUUUUCCUUUUUUUAGCCUUCAAGAAAAUUUAGUAUGAUGUAUAAUUUAUUAUGUUUGCUAUAAUGUAUAAUUUAUUGUAAGUUUGCUACUGAACAGACAGAUGCAUAUAAUGGUUCUAAAACAUAUAUUUUUGUCUGUCAAAAUAUUAUAUAUAAAGUUAUGCUUAAACUAAGUAGAUUUGCAGCUAUACAUGUAAAUGUUUUAAAUGUAAUGGUCUUUAUUAAAUUGUGCUGGUGCAAUUGUUGAGGUUUGGC